CGGCAGGGGGAGAUGCAGGAGGGGACCCUGGGGCCUGGGGCCGCAAAAGCCUACCUGCCCUCCCCCUACUUUAUCUAUUACACGAAUAAACGCAGAGGAGGGGGAGGGGAAGCUUUAUUUAUAGAAAUGACAAUAGGGAGCCAGGCGAGGCCCCCCAGAAGCAAGGUUCAAGUCUCUUGCUUUCUUCCUUAAAAAAAAAAAAAAAAGAAGAAGAAGAAGAAGAAAAAGAAGAAGAAGGAAGAAAGAAAAAGACAGAAAGAGAAAUAGGAGGCUGCACUCCUCGUUUUCAGCUUUGGCGAAGAUGGAUCCACGUUUCAUCUUUAAUCACGCCAGGCCCAGGCCCAUCUGUCUUGUUUACUCUGCCGCGGAGAGGACGGGCCUCGGUGGCGACCAUUACCUCGACACCCGGCUAACAAAUGAGGCCCGGCUCCGACGCCGCCGCCUCUGCUGCUGCCGCUGCUGGAAGACAGCCUGGAUUUUCUUUCUUUGUCCCCCAUUCCUGACACCCAGCGAAAGCACCCUGUGACUGCCAGAUAGCGCAGUGUUUUGGCCACGGUAACACGGCGCACGCACACACACACACACACACACACACACACACCCUCCUCCCCCUCGGUGCCCCUCCAUGGGCACACUGACUGCUCACCCCCUUCCACCAAGGGGUGGGGUGGGGGGCGGCAGCAGGAAGGGGACACAUGGAGGUGGGGGUGGCCUUGGCACCGCAGGACCAGCCAGGGAAAUUGAGUCCAACAGAAAAGAGACCCGGAGACCCGAGAGGGCCUUCUUCUGGAAGGUCAAGCCAUUCCUGGCAGAGUCAGGGGCCAGCUGAGUUCUGGAAGCUGGGCACAACCCUCUGGCCAAUUGAGUUGUGCAGCGAGGCCUUCUCUCCUCCGCUGCAAAUGAAUGUGAGACUAGCACAGAAAAUGUGGUGGGGCCUCCCGGUCUGGGAGACAUAUUGCAGAGACCUCUCCCAUAGUUUAUCAUUGUUUUGCAUUAAUUAUUAUUAUUAUUAUUAAUUAUUAUUAUUAUUAUUAUUAUUAUUUUAUGUCAUGCGCGUCCUGUCUCCUGUUCUCUCUCUGACAUUCCAAACCAGGUCCCUUCCUAGUUCUGGGGCUGCCUGAGUCUAGAACCCUUCGUUGGCGUGAAAAUUUUGUGUCCUGUACAGAGUGACAGUAGAAAUAAAUGUUUGGUUUCUUGUGACCAGCACGGCGUGUUUUUGUUGAAACCUUGAUGUAAAGAUACAGACGAAUGCCACCCAGCGUAUAUUUUAAGCAUCUCAGUCCAUUCGGCCUCACAUUGUAUGUGGUUGAGGAUUUUUUUUUCGAAGGGUCCAAGGAGAAUUUCUAUCUCAGAGGACUCCAAAUUGUGGUAGCUGGUUUGUUUUCCUUUUGGGGUGGGUGUGUUUUGUUUGGGGCUUUUAAUUUUUUCCCUCCAGUCCAAAAAUGGAUUGAAAGUAUUGGGAGGGCCGACUCCAAUCCCUAAUGGGGGGAAAAUGUUUCAUUGUAGGACACGAGAGGCUUAAGUAUGGCAAAGCCUUUCAUAUCGUGAUUUAUUUGUCAUAAGCAAAUAAAAUGCGGUUAAGCUGUCUCUUUCUAGACAGACGGCUCUUUGCUUAUUAAGGUUCGGAGGGAGGAUUUCUGCGAGGCCGGCCUCUUUCCUCCCGCCUAAGAAGCAAAUCUCCGCAGACCGGCUGUUGGGAGAAAAAAGUGUUAGCUGGCUCUCCCGGAUCUGCGAGGGGGAAAAAAUUUGGAACCAUAAAGUUGAAAACUUUUUUCUCUCAGUUUGGAAGAAGCCCUUCGUCAUGAAUGGGAUCCGCAGAAUUCAGGCCAGAGGAGGCGAGAGGCGCAAAGGAGGGGAGAUUUCUCGCCUGCCGCUCGCGCUGGGGCUCGAUGUGAAUAUAUAUUAUGUCUGCCUGUUCUCCCCUCGUCGGUGGCUAAGGUCAGCAGCUCCCAACGGACUCGGGAGGAGGGGGGCAGAAAGGGGAGGGGGGGGUCCGGCGCCUCACGUGACCCCCGCGGGUGCCAAUGUCCGGUCGUGAGGGUAUCAGGCUCUUGCAAGUUGCCACCCACUGCCCGGGCCUCGCCCAGCGAUGCAGAAAGCCACCUACUACGACAACGCCGCGGCAGCACUCUUCGGAGGCUACUCCUCGUACCCUGGCAGCAAUGGCUUCGGCUACGAAGGUCCCCCCCAACCCCCCUUUCAGGCCGCCACGCACCUGGAGGGCGACUACCAGCGCUCGGCGUGCUCCUUGCAGUCCCUGGGCAACGCCGCCCCGCAUGCCAAGAGCAAGGAGCUCAACGGCAGCUGCAUGAGGCCCGGCCUGGCCCCCGAGCCCCUGCCCGCCCCGCCCGGCUCACCCCCGCCCAGCGCCGCACCUACCAGUACCACUAGCAACAGCAAUAAUGGGGGCGGGCCCAGCAAAACCGGCACCCCCAAGUGCGUUCCUGGCUCCAACUCCACCCUCACCAAACAGAUAUUCCCCUGGAUGAAAGAGUCAAGGCAAACGUCCAAGCUGAAAAACAGCUCCCCCGGCACAGCGGAGGGCUGCGGCGGCGGCGGAGGCGGCGGCAGUGGUGGCGGCGGGGGCGGCGGCGGCGGCGGCGGGGGAGGGGACAAGAGCCCCCCGGGGUCGGCGGCGUCCAAGCGCGCGCGGACGGCGUACACAAGCGCGCAGCUGGUGGAGCUGGAGAAGGAGUUCCACUUCAACCGCUACCUGUGCCGGCCGCGCCGCGUGGAGAUGGCCAACCUGCUGAACCUCAGCGAGCGGCAGAUCAAGAUCUGGUUCCAGAACCGGCGCAUGAAGUACAAGAAGGACCAGAAGGCCAAGGGCCUGGCCUCGUCGUCCGGGGGCCCCUCCCCUGCCGGCAGCCCCCCGCAACCCAUGCAGUCCACGGCCGGCUUCAUGAACGCCUUACACUCCAUGACCCCCAGCUACGAGAGCCCGUCCCCGCCCGCCUUCGGCAAAGCCCACCAGAAUGCCUACGCGCUGCCCUCCAACUACCAACCCCCUCUCAAAGGCUGCGGCGCCCCGCAGAAGUACCCCCCGACUCCGGCGGCCGAUUACGAGCCCCACGUCCUCCAAGCCAACGGGGGCGCCUAUGGGACGCCCACCAUGCAGGGCAGCCCCGUGUACGUGGGCGGGGGCGGCUACGCGGAUCCGCUGCCGCCCCCUGCCGGCCCCUCCCUCUACGGCCUCAACCACCUUUCCCACCACCCCUCGGGGAACCUGGACUACAAUGGGGCGCCCCCUAUGGCCCCCAACCAGCACCACGGACCCUGCGAUCCCCACCCUACCUACACAGACCUCUCCUCUCACCAUGCGCCUCCUCCUCAGGGUAGAAUCCAAGAAGCGCCCAAAUUAACACACCUGUGAUCCGAGAGGGGCCGGGGGGCGGGGGCGGCGGAGGGGUGAGGUCUUGGGGAGAGCUACGAGGGGCGCAGGCCAUGCGCUCUGAGGGGGCAGCCUGGAGGUCUGAAAUAGGGAGGCAAGGAGGCGAGAGCCACACUUCCUGCUGGGAAGACCCGGGGCUGGAGCCCCUUCCCCUCCCCCUGGCCUGAGAAGUUGCUUUGUAAGGUCCUCCAGUCCUUGUUCGGUCCGCCUGCCAACCCACUGGAGAGAAAUCCACAGCCGACUGUGGAGAUGAUCCCCUCAACCCUAGGCCUCCAGCAAUACCCAGUUAGGAGAUAGGGAAACAAGGCAGAGAAGCACAUUUUAAAAAGCAGACAAGAUGGCUAGGCCAUCACCAACCAACUAACUUACCUUCCAUCUCUGUGAGUAAUUCCUCCAAAUCUUGAUUUUUUUUUCCUUGCAGUUCUCCUUUAAAAAACAAACAAAAAAAGAGAGCCCAUUUCAAAACCAAGGGCCCAAAGCACGCUCCCCUCCCACUUUCCUGAAGCCUCAAGUUUCCUCCCACCCAUGUGAGGUUUCUGGGGGCGCUCCCUCCAUUUUUAAGCCCCAUAGUUUCUGCUUUAGGACAUUAGUCUACACCCCGCCCCCAUCUAUUACAGUUUUCAGAGGGCUCAGGGAUGGCGAGAGAUCCUGAAAGUCAGAGCUGUCUAUAUUAUAAAUAUAUAUUUUUUUUCUUUUAUGGAACGGUGGGAGGUCAGAGCAGGCAAGGUGUCAGGACUGAAGCUUUGCCCAUUCUGCUGUCUCCCACCUCAGCUCCAGGACCAUCCCCCUCUCUCCACAGAAAGCAAUUGGGCGACACGAGGUUCUACACUUUUCUUUUCUUCUGUUGCUCUCUUGACUUAACGUGAAAACAGGGUAUAUUUUAACAAACUGUCUGUCCCAGGCAGGGGCUGCAGCUGGGCCUGUGCGCCUCGCUCAGCCCCCUGUCAGGACACUUUUGUUGCACUUAGAGUUUACAUUUUAAUGGAUAUAAAAACAACUGUGAGAGAUGCUUGGGUCUGCAGGAGUCCGGCAUCGCUCAAAAAGUGUGUGUUCUAGUGAACAUUUUCAUAUAUAUUUAUUGGUUAUAGCCUGUUAAAAUAUUUUCUUUUUUUUUGUAUUAUUUAUCCCCCCCUUACAUUAUGUAUUUAUAUGAGGGAAAAAAAUGACAAAUUGUACUUUUUUAGUAUUUACUUGUUAUAAAGGACGUUGUGUUUCCUGUCAUGUAAAACCAGCUAUUUUAGUUAUUAUUGUACUCUAGAAAAGAGCUGUAGAUUUAUGUUAAACGCGUACUUAUGAGCAAUUGUAAUUAGUUCUAAAAGGCAUGAACUCAGCUCCUAUUGUCAUUGUAUAGUCCCGAAUUCGUAGAGUUAGAGUUAAUUCCCUCUCGAAACUUUCUUUGUUCUUCCGUAGUUACUUUUUUCCUCACUUAAAAGGGUUGUCUGUCAAACAAUUCUUGAAUAAACUUUCUGUUAUCAAUUUUA